GGAGCAAAAGGGCACAAUUAACACGAAAAAACAGAAAAUUGGAGAUAAUCAACACAUCAACCGCGGAGAUAAUUGUGAUGAGUCAUCAAUGAGAUAAUAGCUGGUGCGUAUGACAGCAUGUACCUGCAUACUAAUAAGGCAACACACAGAGCAGCAAACGGUUGCGAGUCCAGGAUUGCGGUAACUUCAAUACUAAUUCAAAAAGAGGGAGCAGCCGCUGAUUGGCGAGAAAAGCGGUUACAAGAGACGCAUACAAUGUGCGCUGGAACACGUCCAGAUGCAGACGCGUGUACAAUGACGCGUUGGAUCAAAGAGAUCAUCGAGAUGGUGGUAGUGGGAAAGCUGAAGAAAGCAACAAGGAAAAGCAAACGAGGAAAGCGAGCUAGGAAGUUGCGGAAAGGACGUAGAAGAGGGAAAGCGAGCAAAGUGUAGGGCUGCGCAAAAAGAUCAUAGUGGCAGAGCAAGGGCAGAGAGAGGCACAGAAGACGAUG